AUGGCUCGGACUGACGAAUCUUCAGCCAUCGAACCUCGCGUGGUCUUGCGAACACCAGGAAUGAACGAGGUCCUACCACGGCACGACCUCAACUUAUUUACGUCUUCAGCGACAUUUCCGCAAGGAGAAUGGGUUCUCUCCGAGUUCGGUCAUCCUCACCAGUUUCAGGCCGCAUAUUGCGUGCGAAAUGCCCAGGGCCAGAUGGUGCGAGCCCCAAUGCCACUCGCAAACGUCUCUGCAGUCACGAACCAGCAAGAAAUUUAUGAUCACUGCACAGUCUUUCAUUAUGACCCAACAUAUCAGAGCCCAGAUGACACAGAACAUAUUUGUGACAUGGCCUACAUUGGUCGGGAGGAGCAACAAACCGGCAGUGGUUUACUAUACAACGACUACAACCACCAACAGGCUCCAGCAUACCCCCAAGAAUAUGAUCGUUACCACAUCGAUCUUGACAUCAAACAAGAAAUAUUCCCGUCCAGCGAAACAAAAUUUCUUGCUAGCCCGCCACCAUACUCGUCGGGCGUAGCAGCAAAUGCACAAGCCCAUGCCAGCCUCCUCGAAAAGCGGUCAGAGAUCGCGCCAACAUCAAUUCAUGGUUUGAAAAUAAUCAAUUUUCCAGUAAAAAAGGCCAGUUUUGGGUAUUCAUCUCGCCCAGAGUCAUCAUCAGUCGUCAGCGACUUCCUUGGCGACGCUUUGCUUCUCGAUUCUUUCCACAGCUUAGGAAAAGAGGAAAUUCACAGCCCCGGGAUCUUUGCCCCCCAAGAUUCUUUCCACCCGGAAGUUCAAGCAGCCUCUUUCUUGAGUGCCGACUCUUUCGACAUGGCACUCUCCCCGACCAUGUUCUCCCAGCUUGACGAAAGUGCCUUUGACCAGCUUUUGCGCCAGAGGAACGAUACGAGUCACGAAACUGGAAAAACACACAGCGGAAGCGAUGCGGACAACUCGGGAGAUGAAACAACGGGGGCUGGAGAAGGUUGUCGAGGCUCUGCAUGCUUGCAAAUAACUGUGGAUUGCAUCAAGACGCCGCUGGUCUUCAACGAUGUUUUGACCGCCCUCCGAGUGCCCAGAGGGCAGUUGGUAUGGAGUUUGUAUGUGUUGGGGCCACCUUGCAUUCUCUGGGAGUCAUUUGGGGGUUGUUUGCGUGGCCGUUGCUAUCUAGACUAUACAAGUUGUGGCGAAUAG